AUGAUGGCUUCAUUGGCUUGUGUUGAGGACAAAAUGAAAACAAAUGGUUUGGUUAAUGGAGGAACAACAACAACAUCUCAAUCUACUCUUCUUGAAGAGAUGAAGUUACUGAAAGAUCAGUCAGGAACGAGAAAGCCGGUAAUAAACUCGGAGCUAUGGCACGCUUGUGCAGGACCUUUGGUUUGUCUCCCUCAAGUAGGGAGUUUGGUGUAUUACUUCUCACAAGGUCAUAGUGAACAGGUUGCUGUUUCAACCAGAAGGUCAGCAACAACUCAAGUUCCUAAUUACCCAAAUCUUCCAUCUCAGUUGAUGUGCCAAGUCCAUAAUGUUACUCUUCAUGCAGACAAAGACAGUGAUGAAAUCUAUGCUCAGAUGAGUCUUCAACCUGUACACUCUGAGAGGGAUGUGUUCCCUGUACCAGACUUUGGGCUAAUGAGAGCAAGUAAGCACCCGACUGAGUUUUUCUGCAAAACACUUACUGCAAGUGACACAAGUACACAUGGGGGUUUCUCGGUGCCACGGAGAGCCGCAGAGAAGCUAUUUCCACCAUUGGACUACACCGCACAACCACCAACGCAAGAGCUUGUAGUUCGAGAUCUUCAUGAGAAUACUUGGACAUUUCGCCAUAUCUAUCGAGGGCAACCAAAGAGACAUCUUCUAACAACAGGAUGGAGUUUGUUUGUCGGUUCGAAAAGAUUGAGAGCUGGAGAUUCUGUUUUGUUCAUCAGGGAUGAGAAGUCGCAAUUGAUGGUUGGUGUGAGGCGUGCCAAUCGCCAACAACAAGCACUUCCUUCUUCAGUUCUCUCAGCGGAUAGUAUGCACAUCGGUGUUCUUGCUGCUGCUGCUCACGCAACUGCCAACCGCACUCCUUUCUUGAUAUUCUACAAUCCAAGAGCUUGUCCAGCAGAGUUUGUGAUCCCUCUAGCUAAGUACCGGAAGGCUAUAUGUGGGUCUCAGCUCUCAGUUGGUAUGAGGUUUGGAAUGAUGUUCGAAACCGAAGAUUCCGGGAAGCGUAGAUACAUGGGGACCAUUGUUGGAAUCAGUGAUCUGGACCCAUUGAGAUGGCCUGGUUCUAAGUGGCGUAACCUUCAAGUUGAAUGGGAUGAGCCUGGAUGUAACGAUAAGCCGACUCGAGUCAGUCCAUGGGAUAUAGAGACACCUGAAAGUCUCUUCAUUUUUCCUUCUCUGACCUCUGGACUCAAACGUCAGCUCCAUCCAUCUUACUUUGCUGGUGAAACCGAAUGGGGUAGCUUAAUCAAACGGCCUCUUAUCCGUGUUCCUGAUUCGGGAAAUGGGAUUCUUCCUUAUGCUUCCUUCCCGAAUAACAUGGCUUCAGAGCAGCUUAUGAAAAUGAUGAUGAGACCUCACAACAACCAAAAUGCAACAUCUUUCAUGUCUGAGAUGCAGCAGAAUGUUUUAAUGGGGCAUGGUGGUUUGUUAGGGGAUAUGAAGAUGCAUCAGCCAAUGCUAAUGAGCCAGAAAUCUGAGAUGGUUCAACCAGAAAGCAAGCUAUCGGUGAACCCAUCUGCUUCUAACACGAGUGGCCAAGACCAGACUCUGUCACAGAGUAUGACCGCUCCUGCAAAACCUGAACAACCAACACUUUCUGGUUCCAGCUCAGGGAGAGUCAAGCAUGGACAUGAGCAGUCAAUGGAACAGGCAAGCCAGGUGACAACAGUCACAGUGUGUAAUGAGGAAAAGGUUAACCAGCUGAUCCAGAAGCCGGGUGGUUUAUCUCCUUUACAAGCUGAUGAUCCAUGUCCUGACAUAAGUCAGCAGAUGUACCCACCACAGUCUGAUCCAAUAAAUGGAUUCUCUUUCCUCGAAACCGAUGAGCUGACAUCACAAGUCUCUUCCUUCCAGUCUCUUGCCGGAUCAUACAAGCAACCAUUAAUGCUAUCCUCCCCGGAUUCUUCUGCUGUCGUGUUACCAGAUUCAACAAACUCAUCACUCUUUCACGAUGUGUGGGACAAUCAGUUGAACGGUCUCAAGUUUGACCAGUUCAGUCCCUUGAUGCAACAGGACCUUUAUGCUUGUCAGAACAUUUGCAUGAGUAAUAGUACAAACAGCAACAUUCUAGACCCUCCACCACUCUCAAACACAGUCCUUGAUGACUUCUGUGCCAUCAAAGAAACCGAUUUCCAGAACCACCCUUCUGGUUGUUUGGUCGGGAACAACAACAACAACACUAGCUUUGCUCAAGAUGUCCAGUCUCAGAUCACAUCUGCUAGCUUUGCAGACUCGCAGCCUUUUUCUCGCCAAGAUUUUCCAGAUAACUCUGGAGGAACUGGCACAUCUUCAAGCAAUGUUGAUUUUGAUGAGAGUAGUCUGCUGCAGAAUAGUAAAGGCUCAUGGCAGAAACUUGCAACACCCCGCGUCCGAACCUACACUAAGGUUCAAAAAACCGGCUCGGUCGGGAGGUCAAUUGAUGUCACGAGCUUCAGAGACUACGAGGAGCUAAAAUCCGCAAUUGAGUGCAUGUUUGGACUAGAAGGACUGCUCACUCGCCCUCAAAGCUCGGGAUGGAAGCUCGUCUAUGUUGAUUACGAGAGCGAUGUUCUGCUUGUAGGGGAUGAUCCAUGGGAAGAGUUUGUGGGAUGUGUAAGAUGCAUAAGGAUACUCUCUCCCACAGAGGUCCAGCAGAUGAGUGAAGAAGGGAUGAAGCUUUUGAACAGCGCAGGGAUGAACGAUAUCAAAACUUCUGUUUCAUAA